AGUUGCCUAUCAAUAAUGAAAAUAUUAUCAUUUAUUUGCAGUCACGCUGUUUAACGACAUCCAGGUCUCAAUGGGUGAUAAAGCACUGCUUCCGUGCAAUAUAACGCCGCCAUCAGAGGACGACUCCAUAACAUUAGUGCUAUGGUAUAGAAGUGAUGUCAAGAUAUUACCCAUCUAUACGGUCGACAUCCGCCACAACCGCGAAAAAGCUAAACACUUGACACACGAAGUGUUGGCCGAUCGCGCCUUCUUUAACCUAUCCGUCCGACCGGCCGUUCUCUCAUUGGAUCCCAUCCUCGAGACCGAUGGCGCCGAAUACCGGUGUCGAGUGGACUUCCGCUGGGGUCGCACUCUUACAUCAGUCAUCAACCUUCAUGUCAUUGUGCCUCCGAAAAAAGUAUACAUAAUUGAUAGUAAGAAUCAACAGAUAUCUGGACUCAUUGGACCGGUUGAAGAGGGAUCUGAUGUCCGGCUAAGCUGUAUAGUGGAAGGGGGAAAGCCUGAUCCAAGUGUGCACUGGUAUCGCGAUAAUGUGUUGAUAGAUGUGUCGACCACUAGUAUUGACGACUCUGUUGUUAGGAAUGAACUUCUCAUAGAGAAUAUUCGUCGAAAUGAUUUGAACUCAAUUUAUAGCUGUAAUGCAAUUAAUAACAACUCCAGUCAGACGUCUAUUUCAACAUUUGUCACGUUUGAUAUUUAUGUAAAGCCGUCUGACGUGAAGAUAAUUUCUAUAAGAAGACCGCUGUCUUCUGGACGCAAAUUUGAUUUAAUUUGUCGAUCUUUUGGCUCAAGACCUCCCGCACAACUCACAUGGCUUAAGGACAAUAGAUUGCUCUCAAAGACUAGAGAGACCUUUUCAGACGAUGGAAACGUGACGACAAGUGUUCUGGAAUUGGUUCCCAGCGCUGAAGAUCACGGAUCGUAUCUCAACUGUCGCGCAGAGAAUCUUCGUUUAGCCAACAGUACUAUUGAAGACCAAUGGGUUCUCAAUAUAUUCUUCCAACCGAAAGUGAACUUAACAUUGAGGACGAGUUCAGGCAAAGGACUGGUAGCGGUCGGCAGUCAGCUAUUCAUGGAAUGUCACAUCACUGCUAAUCCCAGUGUAGUUGAGGUCAAAUGGCUUCUCAAUGGACAGCCUCUCAAACAAGACGUUGAAAGAGAUGUAUUGAUAAGGAAUGCAAGUCUUGAAAUACGAAGUGCUAGACGUGAAGAUCAAGGACUGUAUCGAUGCUAUGCCUCUAAUUUGGAGGGAAAGACAGACAGUAAUGAGUUACGGCUCGACAUCCACUUUUCGCCAAUUUGUAGAGAAAAGUCCAACAAUAGUAUAGGGGUUGCGAUCGGAGAGACAAUUGAAUUGGAGUGUGUGGUGGAGGCAUCACCUGCUUCUGUCACUUUCGACUGGACUGUCAACCGAUUUCUACUCAACAAUCAUAUCCAGCAUUCAAAUCAAGGCCUAACCAGUCGUUUGUCAUACAAAGUGCACAAUAAAGACGAUUUGGGAACCAUUGAGUGCAGCGCCAAGAAUGCCGUCGGACAACAAAGACAACCCUGUCUUUUCACUUUAAUAGCCCAGGGUCCACCUGAGGGACUGCAUGAAUGUGGAGUGAGUAACAAAACUGACGCUUCAUUUCUGGUGGAAUGUAUGGCUGGAGACGACGGAGGACUGAAUCAGACCUUCCAUUUGGAUAUCUUUGACGAUUCGGAACGCAAGAGAUUACUGAUUGAGUUGACCAAUCAAUUGAAGCCCAUAUUCGCAGUGCAGGGCCUGGAGUCGGGCCAUAUAUUUUAUUUAAGUGUAUACGCGGCCAACUCUAAGGGCAAAAGUGUCGCAAAGACAAUAACCAGCAAUACAUUGACUUUAUCUUCAUUAUCCAGUGAUGCCAAAGAAGAGUCGGCGCCCUUUCUUACGGACUUGAAUCCACUAUUUGGUGCUUUAGCCGCACUCUUAACCGCCAAGUAUGGACACAGUUCUACCGUUCAGUGUCUUAGUAUGGAUUGGUCUGAAAUGGGCAACAAUGAUGGUCUGGUCUACUCUAACGGAUCCAUACCUGGAAUUAUUAAUAAUUACGAUAACAAGAAAAACGCAUUUAAUAGCAAUACUAUAAAUAGAUUGAAUGACAAGACAUGUAAUAACAUCGAUAUAAUCAAUAUUAGACACGAUGUAAGACAAGGACUGCGAAUUUCGUAG